AUGAGCUCAGUACAAAAGAACCCACCACCCUACAUCAUACCAAUGGAUGGCGCAGGGGAUGGUGUGAAGGUCUACAAGGUACACACCCCCUUCAGCCCGACAGCAAGCACCAUUCAAGACUACCGAGUACAACCAACCCAGUCUACAACAGUUCAGUCCUCAGCAGCUGACAAAAACAGAUUUGUAAGCUAUGACUCGGAGCUGGGUCGGUCUCCAGGCAUGGUCACCUGUACUAACUGUCGAGAGCAGGUGCUCACCCAAGUCACCUACAAAGUGGGGGCCUAUGCCUGGCUUAUGUGCAUUCUCUUUAUCUUAUGCGGACUGAUUAUUGGCUGCUGCUUGCUCCCAUUCUUCCUUAAAUUCUUCAAAGACGCCUACCAUUCGUGCCCUAAAUGUCAGCGUAUUCUGCAUGUGGAGAAGAAAAGAUGUUGUUGA